AUGUUGGACAAAGAAAGUAAAGACUUAGUUACUGUACCAAGCCCAUCUCCUCCUGGUACGCCAGUACGCGAGAAUCAUCAAAUUUUCAUAAACAGUUCCCCAAUAGAAGAGUCUCCCGUACGGAACACUGGGCGUGAAAUUGAUCAAAGUGGUUUACAUUUGGCUUCAAGAAAAGAUUUUCGAGACAGGCUGAACCCUUUAACUUUGGAAUCGGUGGCACCUGAAGAUACCAACAGUCAAAAAAAGAUAAACAGAAUCCUUCAAGAAAAGAACGACGAGUCAAUUGUUUCAAGAAUUGAGGCUAAGACAAAAUCAAAUAACAGGGAUAAUUCUGAAAUGAAUGAUGCUAUGAACACUGAAACGAUGGAAUCAAAAAUAAAUUUUGUAAAACGUCGAUUUCCUGAGCUGGACGAAAAUGAUAUAGUCGAUAAAUUAAAAAAGUUUAAUUGGAAAGAAAACAUGGUACUUCAUAAACUUACGUUUCAGAGACUACUAAAAGAACCAGGUGGGCGUGUUGGUAAUAAAAAUUCUCGGAAAGAAAAAAACAAUAAACCAGAGAAAGCUGCGUUACCAAAAACUCAUAUUCCAAGAAAAAGAGACUUGCAAAAUGGGGAACCUGUUGAACCUACUAAAUCUCGAAAAAAGACUUCGCGUGUUAUUCAGCUUUCUGAGGAAGAGGAAGAGGAAGAGGAAGAUGAAGAUGAAGAAGACAGAACUAGUACGUUUCCAUUAAAGAAUACCGAGUACGAAAAGGAAAAUACACCUAAUCCAGCUUUCGAAGAUGCCUCAGUGGAAGAAUUUGAUAAACAUCAAGUUCAAAACGUGAGCGAUGAAGAAUCUGACUAUGAUAAGCGAGUGCUUGAUUUUUUAAACAGUUGUUCCCUACAGGAGUUGAUAGAUGUAUCUAGUUGCCCGCAUGAUAUUGUAGAAUAUUUCAUUACGAAGAGGCCAUAUCCAAGCUUAAAUAAGGCCGAAGUCGUUCAUAAGAAAAAAGUUACUGACAAACAAAAGCGAUCAAAAUCGGACUCUUUUAAAGUGGGCAAAAAGGUUGUGAAUUCUACGUAUGAAGUUUUACAAGGGUUUGACGCUGUUGAUUCCUUAAUUAAUCGCUGUGAAAAUUACGGACGCCUCAUAGCAAACACAUUAAAAAACUGGCAUAACAUUCAACAAGAUAAAAAUCACGAAGAAUGCAUACCAAUGGAUUACAUGGAAGAGCAGCCCGGAUUGUUGGCACCUGGAGUAACACUGAAAAAUUACCAAAUAAUGGGUGUUAAUUGGUUACGUUUAAUGUAUCAUGCUGAUUUGUCGGGUAUUUUGGCAGACGAAAUGGGACUUGGUAAAACCUGUCAGGUAAUUGCAUUUUUGGCUUCAGUGAAGGAAAACAACAUUAGAGGUCCCCAUUUAAUCGUGGUUCCUGCCUCUACCCUUGAGAACUGGCUUCGUGAGUUUGCUAAAUUUUGCCCAUCUUUGCGAGUAGAAGAAUACUCAGGAAGCCAAGCUGAGAGGAUAGAGAAAAGAUAUUAUUUGACAGACAACGAAUAUGAUGUUUUGGUAACAAACUAUCAUAUGGCUUCGGGUUCUAGAGAUGACAGAGCUUUCUUACGGAGACAAAGGUUUAAUAUUUGUGUUUUUGAUGAAGGUCACUACUUAAAAAAUCGGAUGUCAGAAAGAUAUAAACAUUUGAUGAAUAUUACAGCCAAAUUUCGCCUUUUAAUUACUGGAACGCCGUUACAGAAUAACUUGAAAGAGCUAAUUUCUUUACUUGCCUUUAUGUUACCCAAGAUGUUUGAUAGUAAUAUGCAAGGACUGGAUAUAAUUUACAAAAUUAAGCCCUCUACGGAUGGAAAUUUUGAAAGAGCUUAUCUUUCUCAACAAAGAAUUUCUAGAGCAAAAUCAAUCAUGAAUCCCUUCAUCCUUCGCCGCAAAAAGGCCGAUGUUUUGUCUGACCUUCCCGAGAAAAAACAACUCGUAGAGUAUUGUCAUAUGGAACCUAGUCAAAAGGAUAUCUACGUAAAAUUAAUUAAGAUGAGAAACGAUUCUUCCAGUAAUCGUGAAAACAUUAUAAUGCAACUUCGAAAAGUUGUCAAUCACCAGCUGUUGUUCCGUUCUAUAUACUCUUUAGAAACCUUGAGGACGAUGUCAAAAAGGAUUUUACGAGAGGAUCAAUAUUUAGACGCCAAUGAAAGUUAUAUAUAUGAAGAUAUGGAAGUCAUGUCGGAUUUUGAACUUCACCAUCUCUGUAUGCAAUUCAAGUCUCUGCAUCAGUUUCAACUGCAAGGAGAACCUUGGAUGAAGUCGGGAAAAGUAAACAAGUUAGUUUCACUGUUGCAUGAAUCUAAAAGUGAGGAUCGAAUUUUGAUUUUUAGUCAAUUCACUCAAGUAUUAGAUAUACUUGAGCUCGUCCUGAAAACCAUUGGAAUCAAGUUUUUGAGACUUGAUGGCUCUACUCCGGUAGAUACGAGACAAAGUUUACUCGAUGAGUUUUACGAGAACCCAGAGUAUAAAGUGUUUUUGCUUUCGACAAAGUCAGGGGGUUUUGGAAUCAAUCUGACUUGUGCAAACGUUGUCGUCAUGUAUGAUUGUUCUUUCAAUCCUUUUGAUGAUUUACAGGCAGAAGACCGUGCCCAUCGAGUUGGGCAAACACGACCUGUUUCUGUUUAUCGCCUAGUUACGGAAAAUAGCAUUGAGGAAAACAUACGCAAGUUGGCAGCUACAAAGCUGACUCUUGAGUCGAGCCUUACGACAGAAUCUGAAAGGAUUCAAAAGGAGAUUACUGAAGAUCUGAUUCAUAGCUUACCUCGAUAA